AUGGAGGUAACGAAGAAGAACAAUGAGGUGAGUGAAGAAGCAAAGGAGAAAAUCUCAGAGAGACUAUCAUCUUUCGAAAACCUCUGGUUCCCACGCGCUCAACAACCCACCGCCACUCUCCCAUCCCAACGCAAAUCCAUCUUCCUCGACCUUCUCUCUCGAGACACCGCCCUAUUCCUAGAACGCUACGGUUCCAACCUCACCUGCAACGAGUUAACCGAGUUCGACUCAAUGAAACACGAUUACGAGAUCAACUGGCACGUGACGCGGUUACGGAGUUUGUUGAGUCCAACGACGGAGGAACUGCGGAAGAGGUCGGUUAGGGCGAAGAACAGGCGGCGGGCUUAUUUGGACAGAUUGAUGAUCGGAGGUCAGUAUUUCUCCGAAGAAGCUAUGAGGGAUAGGGAGCCUUAUCUUCAUCAUGAGUAUGUUGGCAAGUUUCAGGAUCGAGUUGGAAGAGCUAUGGCUAGGCCUGGUGAGAGAUGGUCUGAUACGCUUUUGAGAAGGUGCGAGGAAGCUGCUAUUGUUGCGAAGAUUAGAGGGGAACAGCAGAGGAUUGGUGUGCCUCAGAGGGAUUGGAUUGGUAAUGAAGGGUUUCAAGAAGAGGAAAAAGAAGAAGAGGAGGAAGAAGAGGAAGAGGAAGAGGAAGAAGAUGUUGAAGAAAAAGAGACUGUGGAGAGACGCUUGCCUCAGCCCAAUGUAACUGAUAAUGCCGCGUCUGUUCCAGCUAGAGCGAGGCAGGAUCCAACCUUAUCUUCCGAAGAGCUGGAGGACCGGAUGAAUCAAUUCACUUACAUUAUGCAACAGAAGUUUCUAGUAGGAGAAGAUCAUGAACAUGUAGAUUACUCUAAAAUAGAUAAUGAUGAAACCCUUGACGAUCAUUGGCAGAGGGAAGCCAAUGUUGAUGCAGAAGAGAGAUAUUUUGCUGACGAUUAA